ACGGUGAUGAGGCGAUGAGAUUGUGAUGAGACUUGUUUUCCGGCCGAAUCUCGGAAUCUAGCGGAGCGACGAGCAAUCCCCACCCAUUUUGACUCCGGCCCUCCCCGGCCGGCGCAAGCGCCCACCCGAUCCCCAAAAUCCGCCGGCGAGAUGGCGGCCAGCCUGUGGCGCGCGGUGAUGGGAGCGGCCGGCGACUCCUCGUCGUCGUCCGCGGCCGGCAGCGACGCGGGGGGAGGCGUGGAGUUCUGGCACGGCGGGGAGCGCACGGGGUGGCUGAACAAGCAGGGGGAGUACAUCAAGACGUGGCGGCGGCGGUGGUUCGUGCUCAAGCAGGGGCGGCUGUUCUGGUUCAAGGACGCCGCCGUGACGCGCGCGUCGGUGCCCCGCGGCGUCAUCCCCGUCUCCACCUGCCUCACCGUCAAGGGCGCCGAGGACGUUAUCAACCGCCAGUUCGCCUUCGAGCUCUCCACCCCGACCGAUACCAUGUACUUCAUCGCCGACUCCGAGAAGGAGAAGGAGGAGUGGAUCAAUUCCAUCGGCCGAUCCAUCGUCCAGCACUCCCGCUCCGUCACCGACGACGAGGUCGUCGACUACGACAGCGGCCCCAAGGCCCCGCCGCAGCCCAAGACGAGCGAGCCGAGUGAACCGUCGGCGUAAGACCCCGGUGAUUUCUGUAACUCUCAGUAUGCUCCCUGUUGUAUGAUUGAUGUAUCUACUUAAGUAAUUGUGAAUUUCUGGUUGUUGUUUCCUUCUCUUGGUUAUAUGUAUAUUAUUGACUGCUGUCUGGGAAUAAGCUCAAUAUUUUGCCAUGUAGGCGUCUAGCCAGUUCUUUGACGCUAUGGAUCAGUUGCAACAGCAUAAUUCCGUUGCUGUUUACUUGUUUCAUUCUGUAUGUAUGAAGUUACUGGCUUGGAUCUCCAAAAUCAUGAAAAAAGUGAAUAACCCGGUUCUUAACUUUCAUUCUGGAGAUUUUGUUUAUUACCAGAUAGCCUGAAAUGCGAUUCAGAUGCAAUGCUGGAUGGAGUAAUACUGAAGUUUGGACUUUGGAGUGUAUUUAUCUGUAUGUUUAGCUUCGAUCUUAAUCUUGUCAUCUGGAGUGGAAGGUUGUGGUAUCAGCCUCCUUUUAAAAUGUUCAAGAAUUCUCAUCAGAAGCUGGAACUACUUUUGCUUUUGAUAUGCUAAGAAGCAAGCUGUUUUUAACAUAUUGAAGCCUCAACUUUCCUGGUAAUUCUAUGGCUUGCUGAAAACAGGAACAAAUUCUACUCCAUUGUUAAUCCUAAAACUCCAUUGUUAAUCCUAAAUGUAGCAGUGAUAUUUCCUCA